GGCAGAUAUUGUAUUUUAUUACUGACAGUUAAGAGGUUACUUUGUUACACAAACUCCCUCCCCUUACAGGUCCACUCUUUGGACCUUGAUCUGCCCUGCAUUGACAUUAUGCUAAUCACUGACGUCCAGAAGCAGCCUGCCUGGGAACUAAAGAUGGAUUCCGCUCAGGACCAACCGUUUCAUAUUGUCACUCCAUUGACGAAGAGCAUUCCGUUGUCUAGUGUUGCUGGGACAGAAGUACUCCUGAAGUUGGAAAAUAUCCAGCCUAUGGGAUCCUUCAAGAUUCGAGGGAUUGGCCACUACUGUCAGAAGUUAUCCAAGAUGGGAUAUACAAGGUUUGUCUGCUCUUCAGGAGGUAAUGCUGGUCUGGCAGCGGCCUAUGCAUGUAAUAAGCUUGGAUUACCGGCCACCAUAGUAGUGCCAGAAAGCACAGGUCAAGACAUUGUGCAAAAGCUGAAGAAUCUGGGGGCAGAUGUUGUAAUGAAAGGAAAGGUUUGGGAUGAGGCUGAUGCUCUCGCUCACCAUUUAGCUGAGGCUCCAGGCUCAGUGUAUGUUUCUCCAUUCAACCAUCCAGUCAUCUGGGAAGGUCACUCAACUAUUAUACAUGAGUUGAAGGCGUCUAUGGGUUGUCAGAAACCUGGUGCUUUAGUGGUGGCAGUUGGUGGUGGAGGUCUCCUAGCUGGGGUAGCUGCAGGGAUGGUUGAAGUGGGCUGGCCUGAUGUGCCCAUCAUUGCCAUGGAGACACUGGGAGCUCACUGUUUAAACGCAGCCAUCCAGAUUGGCAAAGCUGUCACACUCCCAGAUAUCACCAGCAUUGCAAAGUGCCUUGGUGCAAAGACAGUGUGCGAAAGAGCACUGCAGUGUGCAAAAGAACACAAUCUCGUUUCCAUAACAGUGGAUGACAGAGAAGCAAUACAAGCAGUGGAGAAAUUUCUUGAUGACGAGCUGAUGCUGGUUGAGCCUUCCUGCGGUGCUGCGCUCUCUGCUGUGUAUUCAGGGCACAUACAACGUCUGCAGCAGGAGGGAAACCUGAAAAUGCCCCAUGGCCCUGUGGUUAUGAUAGUGUGUGGAGGCAGUGCUAUCAGUCUAUCCCAGCUUCAGGACUUCAAAUCUCUGCUGGGAAUGGACUGACCCCUCUAAAUCAUGGUUCCCAAUACCUGUCUGUAUAAAGCAUGAAAAUUCAAAACAUCUAGCGUUCAGAAAUACUGGUUGUGUCCACUUGGGGGUACCAUAGCACUACUAGCAUUCAUGUCUAUUAUAGGGCAUACAUAGACCCAUGAUUUACAAUAACUGUUUGAGUGCCAAUACCAUGAGCAUACAUAACACCCCCACCCCAACCAAUUCUCACCAAGCAAACAGUUAUCCUAAGAUGUAAUCUCCAGCUAUUGAUUACAUGGCUUGUAUUUUUGUUUA